CUCUCUUUUCUAUGAAUAGGUCAUCUUGUUUUCUAGUUAGUAUCCUCCCAUCCUCUCCAUAAAUGUAGCUGCAAGAGAAACGUCAACAGAAAAGGAGUGAAAGGGUGUCAUCAGUAUCCACAAAUCCAAGAUAAAACUGACACCUGUGCAAAGUCAAGGCCAAGUACUUGAAAACCUACCAGAAUUUCCAUGUUAAAAUUGGAAUGGAGGUUGAUGGACAAGUGCAAAGUGACCCAGAAAGCGAAGAAGAUGAGGAGGAAGAGGAGACAAUCCAAAGGCCCUGCUCAAGGGAAGCAAUCAAGUCAAGCGGACAAGAGAAGAAUCAGCAAACUAAAGAAGUAGAUGAGAGUGAAGAGGAGGAUGAGAUUUUCCGAAGAAAAAGACUCACUAGAAAGACAAAUCGCCGAGUGAAAAACAGUGGUGAGAAAAGUGAAUCGGAGAAAGCACCAAGUGGGAAGAGAGAGAGACACAGAAAAGCUGCUACCAAAGGCCAAAAGGAGGCAGAAAAUAAGGAAAAGCAAACAAACAAGAAAGUGAAGGAUAAGGAUAAGAAAAAGAAAAAAGGCAAUGGAGAGAGCUCUUCUUCCCCAUCUGCUUCCAACUCAUCUGAUGAAGAGUCUUUGUCAGAGGAAGAACUAGAAAGGCUCAAGGAGCAGGUAGAGGAAAAGAAAAAGCUGAUAUCCACCAUGAGGAACAAACCUUGGCGUAUGGCAAAGAAGUUAACAGUGCUCAGGGAGGCACAAGCUUUUGUAGAGAAGUUUGAAGGAGCCUUGGGAAAAGGGAAGGGCAAAAAAUUCUACGCAUAUAAGGUGAUGAUGGCAAAGAAAUGGGUGAAAUUUAAAAGAGAUUUUGACAAUUUUAAAACUCAGUGUAUACCCUGGGAAAUGAAGAUAAAAGAGGUGGAAAGUCACUUUGGCUCUUCAGUAGCAUCUUACUUUAUAUUUCUGCGAUGGAUGUAUGGGGUAAAUCUGGUCCUUUUUGGUUUAAUAUUUGGACUAGUUAUAAUUCCAGAGGUCUUGAUGGGAAUGCCUUAUGGAAGUAUGCCGAGAAAAACUGUACCCAGAGCUGAACAAGCAACAGCCAUGGAUUUUUCUGUCCUUUGGGAUUUUGAGGGGUAUAUCAAGUACUCUGCUCUUUUUUACGGCUACUACAACAACCAACGGACAAUUGGAUGGUUAAAAUACAGGCUGCCAAUGGCAUAUUUCAUGGUUGGAAUUAGUGUAUUUGGCUAUAGCUUGGUGGUGGUUAUAAGAACGAUGGCCCGCAAUGCCAAUGAAAGCACAGGUGAUGGGGAUGACAAUGAUUUCAUUUUCAGCUGGAAAAUGUUCACUAGUUGGGACUACCUCAUUGGUAACCCAGAGACAGCUGACAACAAGUUUGCAUCUAUCACAACCAGCUUCAAGGAGUCUAUUGUGGACGAGCAAGAAAGUAACAAGGAUGAGAACAUUCAUUUGAGAAGAUUCCUUCGAGUUCUGGCGAACGUGCUCAUCAUAUGUUGCUUAUGUGGAAGUGGUUACCUCAUUUAUUUUGUGGUGAAACGGUCUCAGACAUUUUCAAAAAUGCAAAACAUUGGGUGGUAUGAGAGAAACGAGGUUGAAAUUGUGAUGUCUUUGCUAGGAAUGUUUUGUCCUCCACUGUUUGAAACCAUUGCUGCUCUAGAGAAUUACCAUCCUCGCAUUGGACUGAAAUGGCAGCUGGGACGGAUCUUUGCUCUGUUUCUGGGGAACCUCUAUACCUUUUUACUGGCAUUAAUGGAUGAUGUCAAUGAAAAGCUAACUGAAGAAGAUGUAAUAAAGAACAUAACGCAUUGGACCCUGCUUAAUUACUAUAACUCAUCUGCAGUCAACAAUAGUACAUUUAGUCCACCUCCUAUUGACCCAGCAGAUGUGCCAAGAGGACCUUGCUGGGAAACAACUGUUGGCAUUGAGUUUGUGAGGCUCACUGUGUCUGACAUUCUGGUGACUUAUAUAACCAUCCUUGUGGGAGAUUUCCUCCGUGCUUGUUUUGUUAGAUUUAUGAACUACUGUUGGUGCUGGGAUCUGGAGGCAGGAUUUCCCUCUUAUGCUGAAUUUGAUAUCAGUGGCAAUGUGCUGGGCUUGAUCUUCAAUCAAGGAAUGAUCUGGAUGGGAUCCUUUUAUGCACCAGGGCUUGUUGGUAUAAAUGUGCUUCGUUUAUUAACUUCCAUGUAUUUUCAAUGCUGGGCUGUUAUGAGUAGCAAUGUUCCUCAUGAGCGUGUUUUUAAAGCAUCCAAAUCCAACAAUUUUUAUAUGGGACUCUUACUACUCAUCCUGUUUCUAAGCCUACUGCCUGUGGCCUACACCAUAAUGUCCCUCCCUCCUUCCUUUGACUGUGGACCAUUCAGUGGAAAGAAAAAAAUGUCUGAUGUAAUUCAAGAGACCAUUGAGCUUGAUUUCCCAGCUUUUGUAGCCAAGAUCUUCAGUUACGUGGCAAAUCCAGGACUGAUUAUACCUGCGAUUCUGCUUAUGGUUCUAGCCAUCUACUACCUGAAUGCAGUGGCUGAAGCAUAUCAACAUGCCAAUGCAGAACUGAAGAAGAAAAUGCAAGUGCAACGUGAAGAGGAGAAAAAUAAGAGGAACAACAAAGCUACCACUAACUUGGCAACGCAAGAUUUAGAGGACUUUCUCACGCCGAGCGCAAAAAGUGGAGGUCAGUCCCAACCAACAGCAGAUACCAAAUCAGACUCUACUAAUAAAAACAGCCCAGGAGCUAAAGAAGGAAGUAUGGCAAAAAACAGCAAUGCAGCUUGCCCUGGAAGAGGAGCAACCAUGGUACCACCCCCUCAUGUGACAAUAACACAACCACCUAGACAAAGUAUAAAAGCAUCUUCCCCUGGCCAGGCAAGGUCUGGGACUUCUCCGCAGGGACUGCGCCCUGGAACAAGGAAGGGGCAGCCAUGCAAUUAACAUCUAAAAUAGGUUAGGGGAUAAUUUUAUCAUUUUUCAUUAAAAAACACAUUGGGUGAGCAAUUAUAGAUUUAUAAAUUAUUGUACAUUUAUCAUUAAGCUUAAAAUAACAGCCUUAUUUAAAGAUCAAGAGCACAUUGGACUUGUGAACAUACAAUGGUUACAUUAGCUCAGUUGUUCAUUUGCCAACUGAGGUAGAGGAUACAGAGUUGGGCUGAAUGCAGACCAAUCACUACUUGUCAAAUGACCAUCAUUACAGCUAUUGAUAAGAUUCAUGUACAAUGUAGGAGACCAAUAAUGGCUGCUGUUUAUCUCCUGGAGUUUGAAGAGUUUGUAAAAACUAGGAUGAGUUUGAACUCAACCCUUUCCUCUAGCCUUUAACACUAUAUUAUUUCCCCUGGCAGAGCAAGCCAGUUUUCCAAAUGAAAUCCUUAUGUCUUUCUCACUAUAGGAAAGCCUGUGCUUGGGACAGAAGAAUCUUGCCAAAGCUAGGUUGACUCAAAUGAAAGUCCUAUCUAGCACUGCUUAUUCAUCAUUAUUUCUCUCUUUAUCCCCAACCUCUCUUCACUUCAGCUGCACCUUUUACUCCUUUUGGUUUUCCCUCUCCCAACUCUUCACUACGCCAACAUCCCAUUCCCUCCCAUUUGUAGUUCUGUUGCUGCUCUUUAUAAAGGCUCUUUUCAGCAGUUAGUUGCAGCCAUUCAGCAGUAAGCAAUAAGCAUGGUGAUCAUUCCUUCCUUGGAAGAAAGUAUGUUUAGACUCGUUUAAGGAGACAGAGACGGAAAGUAUCUUGGUCUAGUUUCAAAGAGUCUGAUUAAUUAUUUUGCCUCAUCAGAAAUACUAGCGGGUACUUUACAGUCAGGUAUACCCUGAUCUACCAUGGCUAGGACUUGCAUAAAUAUGGUGGCUGAUGUGAUAAAGGACUUUUCUAGAGAAUAAUACAUUUACAUACCUGCCAUAAGUUGCCAGUAUGCUUACAGAAUCCCCACUGAGCCUGCGAGUCAAACAAAGAGAGCACUGGGAAGAUGUUCUUCUCUGUGUAGUGUUGUUUGCUUAACUUUUCUAUGAAAUAAACUGAUGUUUUAGACUGAAACCAGACUUCGAGGUAGCCACUUCCAGAUGUUUUGCUUGACUUAGAUGGGGCAUGCUUUCCCUUCAGCUCUCCAUCCUACUUCAACCCACCAUCGUUUGAAAGGGAUAGAGCUGGUGGCAGGAUGCUUUUACUGUAGGCAUGCACUUAAUUUAUUUGAUAGAUUCCAGACUUUUUGACCUUCAGUACAUGAAAGCCUUCUCCAUUUUCCCAGGUUCUUUCUCUGGAAUGACUUAAGAAGAGUAGAGAGAAGCAGUUAGAUAUGUUAGUCUAAAGUUAGGCAGAAGGCAGGGCAAAGUGGUUUUUGUUAAGUAUGGUCUCAGAACGGUCUUAUCCCACUACCUGGAAUAGCUUUUAUUAUCCCUAUAUAUAACCAUCAAUUAUUAAUUGUUUUCUUUAUCUCUUUUGAUCUCUUCAACCCACUUAUACCUCUCAGCAAGGUGCCUUCUUACUUCCUCCUUUAUCGACGCUAAGUGUUUGAAUUACUUUAUUCCUUUCCACUUAGUAACUCUGGUCGCUGCAAGUCCAUUCAUACCAUCUGAUGAAGUAGGCUGCAGCCUACAGAAGCUCAUGCCUCUCUCAGUGAGUUACUCUAUGAGAAUACUACCCUGCCUUCUGUUUUAGAGUAUAAGAGCACUGGAUGUAAAGUAGGUUAGGAGAAGGAUUAAUUGUUUUAUUGAUUUGGCUCUAUUUAUUGUAUGUGUGUGCUUUACAAAGAACAUAGAAGUAGCUAGAAUGCUAGAGGUGCUUCAAAUAAAUCAAAAUGAUACAAUCAAA